AAUGCCGAAAUAGACGUUAUGCUGAUAAGCGUUUUCGCGUAGUCUUGUCAAAACUUUUGUGAAUAUUAUAAAAAAUAAUUAUUUAUAUCUAUAUUUGAUAUUUUUGAGAUCUUAAAUAUUCCAACGAUAAUGGCAGAAAUUGAAUGGCCAUGGCAAUACAGUUUUCCACCCUUUUUUACUCUUCAACCUCAUACAGAAACUAGAGCCAAGCAAUUAGCAGCCUGGAAAAGUUUAAUUUUAGAAUAUUAUCGCAUCACAAAACAAUCCAUUAUAGAUAUACGUGAAGUACAUUCAAGCCCAGUAUUUAAUAAUGCAACAAUUAAUCGAAAGUUACCAUCAGAGAUGCUAUUAUUAAUAUUAGAAGAAGUAUCCAAAUCAGGAAAUGCAACUCCGUUAGAUAAAACAAAGCAAAGAUGGCUAGUUUAUUGGCAUACUUUAGAAGAAUGGGGUGAAAUAAUUUACAAUUGGGCACAGGAGAAUGGAUUCAUUGGGUCUGUAUGUACUUUGUUUGAAUUAACACAAGGAGAGGAUACAGUGAAUCAAGAAUUUCAUGGGCUUGAUACAGAAGUAUUAAUCAGAGCUCUUAAGACAUUAGAAGCAAAUAAAAAGGCUGAGUUGAUUUUGUUUGAUGAUAAUCAAGGCGUUAAGUUCUUUUAAAUGUAUAAAUGAACAAAGAAAGUAUUUAAGAAU